UACCAUGGAAAAUACGUUAUUUGAAGACAGUGAUGGCGCAAAUACAUUAUGUACUUUUAACCCAACUCAAGCCAAGGAGACAUUCUAUGGUCACUGCGAACUUCUAGUCCCAAAUUUUUGGGGUUGCUUUUUUUCAAUAAACGUCGGUUACAUUUCUUCAUGUUAUUUUUUGGUUGGUGAUCAAUUUAUGGAUGAGUUCCAUUGGAGUGGUUGGCCUAGCUCUAAACUUAUGUGCUUAUGAUUUUGUUUGCCAAAAGAUUCGUGUUCCAAUCAAUUUGCUCGUAUAUCCAAUUAUUUGUGAAAAUUUAAGCACUUUGAUUUCUUCUGUAAAAGAUCAGACAUUUCCUUCUGCACCUUCAACUUUCAAGGCAGUGCGAUGGGGAGGGAUUUUCAAAGGCUCGUUUGCCACUGUUUAACUGAGUCCUUUUACAACCGUGCAGCUUUCAGGUAUAAUUCAUCCCAAUGCAAUAAUUUAUGCUAUGCUUUCAUUGCGAAGCUUUCUGCGUAUUUCUUAAGUAAGGGGCAAAUCUCGAGACCCGAGCACAACUUCUGCUUAAAAAAUGAUAGAGAGGUUAUCAGCAUCCCAGAAAUGGGGCCCCGUAGAAGACAAAUUAUGCAGCGAGCUUGGGAGGAAGUGUAUCGUGUGUUGAAAGAAGCAGAAAUUUAUCUCAAUUGUUGCUCAGAUGUGGACUGGGGGAUCAAUUCUCUUACUUUGUCCAUAACAGGGGAGGCCUAUGCGAUACAUUUGCAUGACCUAGCUUGGUCGCUUGUUUGUCUGGAUCUCAAUGUUCUAUUUCUUGAACUUGAAAAGAAGCCUGGACUGUUGCAAUUAUAUGGAGAUGGUGGAAAUUUGGAUGUUUCUGAUUUAAUCGACCCUGCAAGCAGAGGAAUAAUGCACACAUAUUCUGAUUCAUAUAAUUGUCUUCAUGUGAAAGGUGAAAGUGGCAUACAUGAUCCUUCAAUCCUUACUUUUGAAGGGGAAGAUAUCCAACAGGUGUGCCCUGAACACAAGGAGGUAGAUAAUCCAUCUACCCCAUGCUUCAUGGACGAGAGGUACAGUGAAGCGGCCUGCAGGAAGAUGGGUGAUUUCUUUGCAGAAAUGUCCAACUUAAAUCGAGUUCAUGAUGAGUACCAAGAUAAAAGAGGGUUAAUUUUCAGCUUCAAACAAUUUUCAAAUGCUCACAAACGGACGACUCAGGGGUCGAGUCUCAGAUUGAAUGUUGAAGACGAAAGUAAGGCGGGGAUUUCUAAAUUUGUUGAAGCCAAGCUGCAAGCAUCCAUUCGAAAUGAACCUGCAAUUAUAGGUGGUCGUGUAUCUCCAUGGCUGCAGAUUGAUAUCAAAGAUUUGAUUAUCAGCCACAAAUUAAUAGGAGAGGGAUCAGGUGCAGUUGUAUACGAAGGCUCAUGGCUUGGAGUGAAGGUUGCAUUAAAGAUAUUUCAAAUAAAUAAUUAUACCAUGGAUGAGGAAAUGCAAGCGGAAGUUGCUGUUCAUGCAAAGCUGUAUAACCCUUUUAUUGUUCAAUUGAUAGGUGUCUGUGUUACAAAGACAUGCUGUUACCAUGUCAUGGAGUUGGUGAGCUCCAGCCUGGAUUCAAUUCUCAAAAGGAGGUUGGAAAGAAACGAGCUCCCUUUGCCGCUUCCAGUUGCAGUGGACACGAUGCUUCAAAUAUCACGGGGAAUGGAGUAUCUUCAUAGCCAAAAAAUCAUGCAUAUGGAUCUCAAAGCAGCCAAUGUCCUCAUACAACCUUCAUCAGUACCAGAAUUCAGAUACCAAGGGUAUGGGCGAAUUAAGCUUUGUGAUUUUGGGCAUGCGAGUCUAAGACUAUACAGUUUUCGUUGUUCAGAUUGGGCAAAAGGAACUUCUUACUGGAGGGCACCUGAAGUCUUCGAGUAUCCCCAAGAAGGUUUGGAAAUAGAGGCGGAGCCUCUAAAGGAGUAUACCUACAAAGCAGAUGUCUAUAGCUUUGCCAUGACUUGUUAUGAGAUUCUAACAGGCAAGCAACCCUUUGAAGGUGUUCUACCCAAACACGUCUUCAGAAAGAUAGUUCAAGGUGAAAGGCCAAGUUUACCUUCGUCUUGUCCGCUGAUAUUAGCAGACUAUAUAAGAAAAUGUUGGGACACAGAUCCACGCCGUCGUCCUUGUUUUGCCCAAGUUUCAAAUUUUUUGAGGUACAUUAAGUUACUGAUCAUGAGAACAAGCGAUUCUUAUGACUGGGAUUCCUUAUCUGCUAUUUGCAAGGGUUUUGAUAAACAUGAACUUGUCCAUUGUGGUGAAGAAGGAGGUGAUUUAGAUGAAAGAGCAGCCUAUUUAGAGGAAGAGAGAUUUAUAAUCAGAGCCCUUGAUGGAGAUUUCCCUGGGUUUUUCUUUCCCCGCACUGUUUCACACCGGAUGGCCCAACCUUCAAGUCCUAAAGUUAAAGUUUUUGGUAAUCUUCCUGUUUACAUUCAGCGGUAUACUUAUCAGGAAAUCAUGUGGGCUACUGAUUGUUUUUCUACUGAAGUUUCAGGAGCUUCCCCUGUAAUGUGGAAGGGUAUUCUACAAGAUGGAACACACGUAGCUGUGAAAAAACUUAACUUAGAAACUUCAAUGGGCGAGAUAAAUAUAUUAUGUCGGUUGCAUCAUCCAAAUAUUGUCCGCUUGCGUGGCGUUUCAGAAAUUUCUCAGACUUCUACUCCACAACAGUUGACGACCUUUUUAGCCUAUGAUCAAAUGGUAAUGGGUUCCCUCGGCGCACUACUUUUUCGUCCCAGUAGCAUUCUUAACUGGAAUUUGAGGAAAAAAAUAGGUUUGGGCAUCGCACAUUUCAUUGCUUAUAUCCAUGAUCAUUAUGGAAAAAGGAGACACAGGCUUCUGGAGUUACAGAUCACUUCAAGUAACAUAUAUCUGGAUGAACGAUUCACUCCCAAGUUCUGUGGCUUUGAAUCGGCAUCAUAUAUAAACAAUGGCAAUUCUCAAGUGAAAGAAUUGGAAAGGGCACUACAAUUUGAAGAAUUUAGAAAUGUAAAAGAUUUUGGAGUAAUUCUGCUAGAGCUCUUGUCUGGUUGUAGAUGGGAAAAUAUGCAAUACUCAUUGAGUUCUAUUCACAGUUCCAUCAAAACAGAAGGAUCUGAAUUCCUCUCACGGUUGUUAGACAGAGAGUUGCAAGGGAAGGUGGAUAAAGGGGAGGCAAUGGGAUGGGUGAAGCUUGCCUUGUGGUGUUUCUCCCAGUAUCCAGCAGUGCCACCUACUAUGAACCAAGCUGUGCUAGUCAUGAAAGGCUUAAAGGAGUUUUCAGCAUUGCCACCAACUGUGAUUGGAUACAGUUGAAAUGAACCAUUUGUUCACAUGAAGCACUGAAUGUCCAUCUCAAUGGUGUAAAAUAGCUAAAUUCCCAUUCAAACAGUCUCAAAGUGGCUCAACAGCCAAAGGAGUUGUAACCAAUUUAGUGAGGAUGUUGGUGUAUUGUCCAGUUAGAUUCCUUGAUGAGUUGGUUGUAGUUGGGAAAAUAUGCAAUAUUCAUUGAGUUUUAUUCACAAUUCCAUCUAACAGAAGGAUCUGAAUUCCUCUCACGCUUGUUAGACAGAGAAUUGCAGGGGAAGGUGGAUAAGGGGAUGCAAUGGGAUAGGCGAAGCUUUCCUUGUGGUGUUUUUCCAGAUGUCCAGCAGUGCCACCUACCAUGAACCAAGCUGUGCUAGUCAUGAAAGGCUUAAAGGAGUUUUCAGCAUUGCCAGCUCCUGUGAUUGCAUACAGUUAAAAUGAAACAUUUAUUCACAUGAAGCACUGAAUGUUCAUCUCCAUAGUGUAAAAUAGCUAAAUUACCUUUCAAACGGUCUUGAAGUGGCUUAACAACCAAAGGGGUUGUAGCUCAAUUUGGUGAGAAUGUUGGUGUAUGGUGAAGUUAGGUUCUUUGAUGAUUUUGACAGAAUAUAUUCUCUUGAAUUGUAACAUCUUAAUUGAAAUUUCAACAUAAACGUAUAUUUAGCAUGUUGUAAUCAACUUUUUAAAGACAGAAACGCCCAGAUUG